GAAGCCCAGAAGCCUCCCUCGCUCGCGUCGCAGUGAGCAUUUACAGUCAGGAAAGGAGAGGAGAACUCCGCCCUAGAGGAGCGCCGUAAUUUCGUCACGUCACCGCGUCCGAACUUCGAACAUUUUAUUCCAAGUUUCGCAGGCCCUGCUUCCUCUCUCCCUCACUACAUAUCAUUGUCCCUCCUCUGUUCUCCCCUAAGCGCCUAUCGUCGCACUCGUAUUUAUACCUCUCAUAUCUAUCAGCCGCAUCGCCCCUCGUUCCCCACGACCCACAUACAGCCAGCGAUCGAACUACCUUCAAGCUCUGUACAAUCCACAUAACAUCGCGGUAUACCCACCCACCCAAUAGCUGCACAGAUCGUCCCGAGCCAGACCACCGCCAUCAUGCCGGCCCUCACCCUGACAGACAUGCCCGAAGAGCUCCUCGAGCGAAUCCUUCUCUUCGCCCUCUCGCCUCACCCCGCCCCUGCCCCUGCCCCCGCCCUCACCUCGUCCCCUGCCCUGUCCUCCGCAGCCUCCCGCCUCGCCCCGCUCUACACCUGCCGUCUUCUCGCCCGCAUCGGCGCCCCGCAUCUCUACCGUGCCCCACGCAUCCGCAGCGCCCGCGCCGCCCGCCUCCUCGCCCGCACCCUCGAGUCCUCUCCCGCCCUCGCCCGCUGCGUGCGCAAACUCCGCGCCUGUGCUUCCUACGCCGCCCUCGCCGUCGUCUUCCGCGCAUGCGGCGCCGCCUCGCUCCCGUCGUCUCCUUCCGAGCCCAGGCGCGCGCUGGAACUGCUUGACCUCACGCUCGAUGCGGGCGUGGACGACGCCGAGAUGGAGGGAAAGGACGUCGAAGGCGGGCGGUGCUUCGGCGACGCACUGGCCGCGCUCGACGUCCGCGUACUCGUGCUGCGCAAGCGCGAGGCCUACCUCACGCAAGAGCGGCCCAAGGCAGUCAUGGAAGGCCUCGCGAGGGCGGUCACGAAAUGGCAGAGCCUCACAUCCGUGACCAUCGCGUUUCGCCUGUCCGAUCCCUCCCGCACACGCUCGCGCUCUGAGCCGGGCUCCCGCCCGUCGACACCCCCGUCCGCCGCAUCGGCCGCCGCACAUCCUGAGCACGCCGCCGCCCUCGCGAGCGCGGAUGCGGACGCGGACAACUCGGGCGCCCCACUGACGCUGCCCGCUGCCCUCGCGCGCUCUCCGCGCCUGCGCACGCUGCGCGCGUCGCUGCCGGCCGUGUGGAACCCCGCGCUGCUCCGCAUGAGCAAGAACCCCGCGCUCGAGCGCAUCGUGCUGACUGUUCCCCGCACCCGCGCGCGCGCGAGCCCUGCGCAUCCCAUGCACGUCGCAGACGCCUCUGCAGACGUUGCGGAGGAGCGCGUGUCGGAGUGGGACACGGACGACGAGGACGCGCGGGAGGAGGUGCUCGGGUGGGGGUCUGGCCCGCAGCUGUGGAUGAUGGAGGCGAAGAAGCACGCGCGGCUCAUGGAACUUAUCAAAGCUGGCAGUCCGAUGGUCCGCGCCCGCGCGCAUACACUCAACGCCAGCAUCGCUCUCGGCAUGGGCGUCGGCGCUCGCCGUCGGAGCCUUUCCCCCCCUGCCGAGCACAAAGACGAGCACCCCGUUCCCGCACCCGUAUCGACAUUCUAAACAGAUGACGUCAGUACUCGCUAUGACGACAAGAACAACGAGGAAUGUAGUAGAAGACACACACCACACACAAAGAAGAGAUACCCGCAUCGUGUAUAUAGCGUCGCAUCCUGAUACCCCGCAUCGCUUCCGCUAUCCUGUUUUUCCUCUCCCUUUCGACGACUUUCCUUUGGUUUUUUCUUAACUUUUUUUCUUCGUUUCUUGUCUUUUUUUCCAUGUUUGAUCGCGUACAGCUAUAAUACGGCCGCCUCUACCGCACGCUGCCCUGUCAUUUCGAGGCUCUUGUUGAUGAACACUUCUUAUUACGCCCGGCCCAAGACUUAUGGUCCUCUCUUUCCACUGCUACUUUCGGCUCCUUGCAUUCCUUCCCGCCUUCGCACUGUCUCUUUACGACUUUUCUCUCUCUCUCGCACAGACUUUCCUUUCUUUUAGUAUUAGUUUGGUAUCCUUGGUUUGGUCUGGUCCGUCCGGCUCCAGUUUGGCUCAGCGCUAAUUGCUUGUUACUUAUUUACGACGUGGCUUGUGGGUUCUUUAUUCGCUGGCAAUGCUAGUUAAUUCUUGAAGGUAUGAUACCAUGCGUGCGCGGCGAAUCGGUUUCGAGGAG